CAUCAUAUUGGUGUGUGCGUGCAGUCAUUUGGUCCUGGCCUGGUUUUAGGUCAGUACCGUAGGAGGCAAUGCAACAUUGGUGCUCCGUGUGAGGAACCAGUGCGGAACCCACUUGUGAGGAUCCCCCUUGCAUGAGAAGCCAACUUGCGUUAAAGUCUCCUGCGAGCCUGCGGAAUUUCCAAUGCCGUAAUGAGGUCCCCUGAGGAAGAGAACGCCGCAAAUAUGCCCUCAACUAUGGCGACUAACAUCUCGUCCGCACCUUCGGCACCCCCCUUCGCUCCCCCCUCGGCUUCAGCUUCGCAUAAACAAGCAGAAGACGACUGCGCUGAACUGUCUGCACUUUUAUCGUGCAACACCGGCCAAGUGCAGGAAUCCAAGGUCGUUGAAACUCCCCAGCCGUAUCCACGACAACCGCUGUAUCCUUCUCUGUGUAAUCUAAUACCACCUGUGGGUGAAGGGGGACAAGUGAGCUGGGAUGGGACACUUGCCGUCUCCUCUGAGGAGGUGGAAUGCAGUUACACCCAGGGGGGUGGGGACUGCGGGGACUGCGGGCAAGGCUCGGGUACGGAUUGGUCAAAAGUUAGAGAGGCGGUAGAAGAAAAAACAGCAGAGAGAAAGGGAAGCGAUGUAACUUACAGGCGCUCGGAUGGUAAUGUCCGGCCAGCACUGUCCACCCUGAUCGCGCCUGAAGGAGUAGGUGGCGUGUGGCCAGCGCUGUCUGCUCAGGUUGCACCCGUAGAAGAAAGACCAAAUGACGAGAGUCUCCGGACCCACUCCUUACCACAGCAUUCAGACCCACUGAUUCGACCCACAUAUCCUUUUACAAGAUUGAGUGCGUAUGCAACCAAUCAGAAGCCUCUACAACAGUCAGUGCAUGAUCAAAGGGAGAUGGGUCUGAGGGGAGGGGUGCGGAGCCCGCAGCUUCCAGCUGUGACUGAACAGGAUAGCGAAAGGAGAGAGGUGAAUUUGCAUUUAGAAGUUAAGAGAGAUGCACUAACCGAUUGUGGGAAGUUUAGAUCUAGCCUGAUAGAGGAAGGAAAAGUACUGGAGAUCUUCCUGGUAGUAGGGAACGGUAACAGAAUCCCAGAAGGGGUACCCCUCGAUCUGAAAGACAUCACACACCUGAUAGAUUGUGCAGAGAAACAGGGAUUGAAAUCACUCCUUGCUCUAAAUGCAUUAGAAGUCCUGACAGCACCAGGUCUUCUCUUUCCUCAUGAUGUAACGAAUCUGAUGUGCAUGGUUUUUAAGCCAGUGCAGUAUACAUUGUGGGCAUCAGAAUGGGUUCCCUUCAGGGACAGGUGGCCAGAUUGAGGCCUGGAGAACAAGCAAUUCCACACGGCUGGCUUGUGAGAGCAAUGCUUUCAAGGCUUGAGACAUCUGCCUUGAUACUGAAUAAAAUGUUUGUCAUUUGGAGGUACAUUCCAACAGGUACCUGAGGCAAAGUUGGCAUA